UUCAAAAAAAAAAAAAAAUGGGAGGGGGCUUUCUAAGAUGUAGUAGGUUAUGCACAGUUAGCUGUUAACCCCCCUAAAAGGGAUGGGUGAGUGUAAAAACCCGGUAAACAUCUGACCAAUGAUGACUGGAGAGCUUGAGAAAGAUUUGGGAAAGAUUGGAGACGCGCAGCCCGCUUGUAGUUUCCGCCCUGUGAUGCAGAAGCAUGUGCGUCCAGCACAGUUCACACGAAAACUGUUGUUUUGGACCUCGUGUACUUAAGAUGCUCCACACACACUGAGAAAUGCGUUUCAGGCCCAUUCAAGAGAUGAUGCCUCAGCCAAGCAACCUGUUAAGCCUUCAGUUUGAAGAUUGAAAGUCACCGCAUGAAGUAAAGAAAUUCAGGUCUGACUGUGGUCUGGCUUCUUGGACGCAGAUUUGAGGCUGUGAUGUGUGAGGGAGAGAAGGACCAGAAGACAGAAAGGAUGUCUUGUAAAAGUCUAGAGAAGAGUGAACAAAUCGAACGGUCAUCGGAUGCUCCGGACGGUGGAUGGGGUUGGAUGAUUGUGGCUGGUUGUUUCCUUACCACCGUUUGUACACGUGGGGUCACUAGGUGUGUGUCCAUCUUCUUUGUGGAAUUCCAGACAUAUUUUUCCAAAGAUUAUUCUGCAACUGCGUGGAUUCACUCGCUGUUGGAUUGCACUACAAUGCUGUGUGCUCCAUUGGGUAGUUACAUAGGGAACCGCCUCUCCUCUCGUAUAGCUAUCAUAAUUGGUGGGCUACUUUCCUCUACUGGCCUGCUGCUCAGUUCACUGGCCACCAGCCUGGAGUUUCUAUACCUCACACUUGGUGUUCUUACAGGUGUCGGAUUUGCUCUCAGUUACACACCUGCUAUCGCCAUGGUGGGUUCCUACUUCAGUGAGAGAAAAGCAUUGGCCUACGGAAUCUCCAUGUCAGGAAGCGGCAUUGGAACUUUUAUCCUGGCACCUGCCGUGCAACUCCUCAUUGAGCACUUCACCUGGAGAGGGGCGCUGCUUAUCCUGGGGGGUCUGGUGUCCCACCUGUGUGUCUGUGGAGCCCUCAUGAGACCUCUGGGGAGGCAAAGUAGGAGGCAGAAGAUGGAUUUGGAGGGCGGCAAAAAUGAUGAUUUUUUGGACGUAAAACUAGCAGAACUCAAAAUGGAAUUGAGUGCACAGGAUAUUAUGCGUUCGGUAGAAAAAUCAGAGAAGGAAAAAUUGAUCAGUCGGCAGAGAGGUGGAGAAAAACAGAUGAUGGUGGUGGAUAAAUCCAAGUCCUUUGAUACAGAACAAACACACUCCAGUGAAGAGCUGAAACAUGAACUGGAGCGCUCGGAAUGCUCCAUAAACACAAGCAUGAAUGAAUUGAACAAAGACUCAAACACAAACCUCACAGUCCGAGCUUUACUACAAUCAGGUGACUCGCGUUCACGCGGUUUGACCAUCAACCGGAAGAACGUAACCAUCCCAGAAUCAAAGUCUCAAUCAGUAGUAAGAACUAACCACACCGCUCUGGCACAAUCAAACACGCUGGAUGAGUCCAGGGACAGUUUAUGUGCUGACAUAAGGAAUGCAGCUUUUAGGGAAACUUCUUUCCUGUUGAUACCAGACUUCCUGCUGCUGCUGGUAUCCUUAUUGUUCCUCGCGUACGGUUGCAGUGUGCCAUUUGUUUAUCUAGUGCCGUAUUCCCUGGGUGCCGGCGUCAGCCCUCAGCAAGCACCAUUGCUUAUAUCUAUACUUGGAGUUUCAGGAAUUGUGGGUACUAUAACUUUCGGCUGGAUUGCGGACAGGAAGUGUUUGAGGUCAUAUAGGAUGGUGAGCUACAUGUUGGCUGUAGGGUCAGAAGGGCUCAGUUGUCUGUUUCUGCCUCUGCUGAGAAGUUUUGCCCUGCUGGUGCCAUUUUCUCUCUUCUAUGGCUACUUUGAUGGAGCUUAUGUGGCACUGAUCCCCGUGGUGACUUCUGACACUGUUAGCCCCGCCCACCUGACCUCAGCACUGGGAGUUGUUUACUUUCUGCACGCCAUCCCCUACCUCAUCAGUCCACCUAUCGGAGGUUGGUUAGUGGAUCAGACAGGGUCCUACACUACUACAUUCUUCCUCAGUGGAGUCUCUUUGAUCUGCAGUGCUGUGAUUCUUGCAGCUGUCAGAUUGAUCCUUCAUUGCAGUAGAGGGCGCUCUUACCUACACUAAUCCUAAACAGGAUACAUAAGUGAUUUGCAAAAAACAAAAA